AUGGGAUGCUGCCAUGCAUCAACAGUAGAAAGCGACCUUUCUUUAAGCAAUCCUCCAUCCAGCAGAAACCAAAAAGAGCCACUAGGUGAUGGAUUUGAUAACCAAUUCGAAGAAGACACACUGACAAAUAAAGUUGCAGAAAGCGAAAUUUUUAAGUUAGCUGAUUCAGUCGUUAAUAAAAAUUCUCUUCCAGUCUUGCCAACACCAACCUUUGGAAGCCAAAAUCAAAAACCGUUUAAGUUUGAAGAAAAAGAAUCAAUUGAAGGCCUUCCUUUGCCUGAUACAUCAAGUGAUCCGAGUCUAAAAUCCUGGCCUCAUGAUGUGCAUUUUACGAGCAAUUCAAAAGACUAUUAA